AUGGUUCUGUGGUGUUCGGACUUUGUAAGGAAAGUGGAUGUCUUGGAUGUCGUGGCUGUGAUGUCUUGGGGUUUAUCAAACGAGGAUCCAGCAUCAAGGAUGGUAAUCUCGGACAACAAACAGCUCAUUAGUUCAGUUACUGCGUUUAUAAAUGAAGGAAUCAAUUCAUACAAGCUGUUUCACAUUGCUUUGUGUUCUACAUAUAUGUGGACAAUGAGAUUUUUUCGGAUAAAAGUUUCUUUGGCGUUUGCAAGUGUUUUCCAACUUUGUGAAACCUGCACAACACAUGGAAAUUGCUCUACAUCGCAGGCAUGUUUGGGACCCACAGGCCAAAAAAAAUGUUUAGAGUGUCAAUGCAAUAACACUAGUGAAUGUGAACUCAGUGAUGAUGGUAAAAGCGUCCGAUGCAACUGUGCUAACUCUGGAGGCUACACAGGCGCUGUCUGCGAUUGUCCGCCGCAACCAGUUUGUCAGGGUCAGGACUUCAUUCCAGUAGAUAACGGCAGAGGACUCGCAGACUUUCAAGAACCGGUACCAAGAGAGAUAACACUAACCAAGUAG